AGUUAAAACAAGACAUGACGUCACAUAUUCGUUUCGAGCGUAUAAUAACAACUCUUUGUGCCUUUUAAUAGAGUUCUUGUAAUUAUUCAAGUGAGGCAUUGCAAAUUACGAGUAAAUUGAUUAUCUAAUUGCAAUAAAUGAAACACAAUUACGGAAAAACCUACCCCUACACCAUGCUCAAUAAAAUUUAAUUUUGAAUGAAAUAUUUCAUUUACCACAGUCUAUCUUCAUGCAUAUACUGUGGCUUUCAUUCAAACGCACCGUCACGUUUCCAAGCAACCGUUGCUAUUUUCCAUCCUUCGUUGUUAUUUUCCAUCUGUAGUUCGAAGUCUAAACUAGUUUCAAUCUAGCUUCCACCCAGAUUGCACACAUUCGAUUUUCUCUGCCAUUCAAGAUGGUGCGCGAACACUGCGGUGAAGAUUUUGGCCCUAAAAAAAUGUCGAAAAAGACCAUUCAGGCAUCGUGUCGCAAGAACAAACUCUAUCUCACACCACAUCUGAACGAUGUCCUAUAUUUGCACUAUUCAGGAUAUAACGCCAUCGAUGGGUUGGAGGAGUACGUCGGGUUAAAAUGUCUUUGGCUCGAAUCUAAUGCCAUUUCGGGAAUAUCCGGUCUGGAGCACCAGUCUCAAUUGCGUUGUCUGUAUCUGCACAACAACCUUAUCAAGAAAAUCGAAAAUUUGGAACACUGCAAACAGCUGGACACACUGAACCUUUCCCAUAAUCACAUCGCAAAGAUAGAAAAUUGUGGAAGUGAUAUUUUACCAGUGUUGAACACGCUAAAUAUAUCACACAACUAUCUUAAAACGGUGGAAAGCAUUGCUGAGCUGAGAAAAUGUGAUUUCGUGUCUGUUUUAGACAUUUCCCAUAACCGCAUAGAAGACAUUGCGAUUGUGAAGGUCUUGAGUGAUAUGAAAGGAUUACGCGUGCUAACGAUGGUGGGAAAUCCGGUGAUCAACGAUAUCCCUUCGUACCGUAAAACACUUAUUUUGGAAUGUAAAUCUCUGACGUAUUUGGACUCUCGACCAGUGUUUGAUAAGGAUCGUGCCUGUGCUGAAGCUUGGAAACGCGGUGGCUACGAAGAAGAACGCAAGGAGCAUUUGCGUUGGAAAAAGGAAGAACAACGGAAGAUGCGCCGAAGCAUCAACGCAACGCUACGCUUGCGUCACCGGGGAGAUGGAGAACCAGAAUUGCUCAAAACAAGUAGUGAUGAAGAAGAAGAACGUGAAAUUGAUGAUUCUAAUACCGGAAAAGAUGAGCUACAAGAAAUGGACUACCAAUCGAAUGAGGUCGCAUGGAAGGAGAUGGAAGAUCUAUUUAAUCAGCAUACGAGAACACUUAAGCCGCCUGUCCCGGCGUAUUUCUCUGACCAACCCGGACAAUCGUGCCGGGCUAUUGAAGGUACUUCUGGAAGCGUAUCUGUUGAUCAGUGUAACCAGGAUAAUGUCAAGAAACCACUCAUCGAAGAGAUAACUACAGAAGAGUACACAGAUAUAACUGCAAAGAAGGAGGAUUCGGAGGAACACGUUGCAAAUUCUGACAUUCCAGAAACAGGAACAGAAAUUGAUGCAUCUUUAAUGGAAGAGAAUCAACGUGACAAAGAAGAUGUCUUGGACAACCUUAAUGCUUGUGAAAAGGACCCUAGGCUCGUCGCACAAAAUGAGUCAUCCACUUGUCACCAUCUUGCAGAAGAGAGCGGAUAUGAGAAUUCUGCAGGAGAAACAGAUCUAACCCGUUCUGUAGAGGCUACCAAGAACCCUGAAACGAAACGCAAAACAGAAGAACGAAUUGCAUCAGCUGAGCAAGAUGAUACACUGAACGUCAUCAUACAAUCGAAAGAAAUAUCAAUAACGAUGGAACCUUCUUGCAGCACUACAAGCGAGUGUCCAUCGGCACUCCAGGAUAAUAUCGUUCAAGAUGGUGAGCGUAAGCCCUCUACCACUUCUAUUGAUUCUGUCGCUAAUCCUGACAUCACACGCCAUGACAGUAAGAAGGAUGAUAGGCGUAAAUCAUCUACCACUUCCGUUGAAUAUAUUACUGGUUCCGACACUAACUCUGAUCCAACACUGGUUACGGACUGCGACAGCUGUGUUCAUAACAGUCAUGGCAGUAGCCGAGGUUGCUCUUCCCGUUCGGACACAUCAGAUAGCGAGGAUAUGUUCGACAAGAUUGUACCGAAGAAACAUCGCAAGCUAGCUUCCGCCAUCCGAUCGCUGAGCAGCAGUGAUAGUAGCAGCGAACUAGAUGAGCCUGGCGGUAGUAUGCUGGAUAGUAAGCUCGAUCGUCAAAAUACGAUCACUGAGUUCAUCGAUGAGUACAAACGAUUUUUCCACUCUGUGGAUGUGCGUGAUCCGAAAUGUGUUCUAAAAAAUCGUCAUAAAAUUGUUCGUCCCCAAACGGCAAAGACACAGCGCACGGAGCCUCUCGUCUACGAGGGUGUACUGAAAACGAUGGAGCAAAAUUCCAACUUCGCUAAAAUAGAGCAAGUACGUCAAGAGCGUGAAGCGGAUGAUCGCAGCCUGGCAAAGGAAGCAGUUCUGGAACGUCUGAUGAAAGGUCACGAUGCUGUGGAUAUGAAUAUUGAGCAUCAGAUGAUAUCGAUCGGUGGUAAGGCGCACAACUUCAACGAGUACCGUCUCGAGGUGUUCCGACAGGAUCAGGAGAAGCUACAGAACCUUAUCGAUCGUGUGACGGCACAGAAGGAUAAGUACAAUGCACACAUUGACAGCAUUCACGAUCAGCUCGCAAACAUCAUGGAUGACUAUGGACAGAUCAGUGUGAAGUUGCGAAAGGUUAACGAUAUGAUACAGAACAUUGGCGAGGAGGUUGGCCAGGAGGAACAUGGAGAAUUUUCGCGGCCUAUCGUAGAAACGCAUCCCAAAGGCAUUAUGGAGGAAAUUGUUGAACAUAUGACCAAAGAACAGGCGCAGAACGUGAUUGAUUCUAACAUGAAAGUAUCCCAUAAUGCUUCGUGCGAACCGGUGGCUGAACUGUCCUCAGAUGAAUCUGUGCCAGACUUGUGUGACUUUAAGCAACGUGUAGCGGCACAGAUUGAAAUUGGUUUAAAGGAUCCAACAAAUCCUAACACACACAAGCCCAUCCAAGAAGAUUUUGGUUCCGAUCCGGUCUAUCGCAAAUUUAUUGACAUCCAGUACGAGAUUGACAAGCUGACGGAAGAUCAGAUAUUCGAUGCACUCUCAGAAGCUGCCCGAGAGCUACAGGAGGAAGAAGAACUCGAGGCGAAACUGCUUCACGAUGCUGUGGAUGAGUACUGGAACCCAACUACCGAUCUGGAUGAUUUUCGACGCAAUCUCAAUCUGGAUGCCCAUCCGAUCAUACAGCGCUUUAAGCGCUUCAUUGAAUGUCAAGGCACGGAUACGGAUGAUACCGAUUCGGAGGCACACGUACGACGGCUCGAGAGUGCGUACCACAAAUACGAACGUCGUCUUUCAAACCAUCUGUUCGAUGAAUAUCUGAUUUUGAGUCGUAAGGCAAGUAUUGCGACUACCACGGGCGGUGAAUCGAGCGCAACGGAGCUGGAGUUGAUCGAAAUUGAAGGCGCUCAUGUACUUCGAGCAUCUUCCAGUAGACGUACAACGGCGUGGGAUUUGAAAGAAUCGCUAGAAGAUCCAGUUGUGGAGGUAGAGGAAGAACCAACCGAUGAGAUCUCUGCUCAAGGUUGUAAGAACCCGAAGCUGGAAGAGUUGGAGGAUGAGGAAUCCAAACCAGAAACGGAGAAUGCACAGUGCAUGAAUGUGACCAUGAAGGACCAACCGGCAGAUGUUCCGGAGUUUCAAUAGAUAAUAAUUGUGACACCAUUAUAUCAAGCGUUACGAGAGUUCUCACUUUAGUAGCACAAACUAUGCGCACAGUAAACGUGUUGUUAUCAGCAAGAUGGAAGUUAAAUAAAGCAAAAGCACACUUGGUAGUACCGA